UAACACGUUGAACGCCCACCUUGAAUCGGUGGAGUUUCUCCCGGGGCCCAAAUCUUUGAUAUUGUUUUUAAGCAACCCAUUACGUAAAAAGAAGAAUACUAUAAGCCUCAUAAAGGCCUCGAAGUGGGAAAUGCGAUAAAAGUUCCGAAAAAAGAAAACCUUCGAGAACAAGAAAAUUGUGACUGCGGCGCCAGCGGAAACAUAGUCGUCCACCCAGGCAUGGACGAAGGGGCGUUCAACGUGUUCAUUGGAGUCAAGAAUUGAUAGCUCUUGUUGAUUUUAUCUUCCAUUUUUCAUAAUCGUCGAAGCUCAGUUGAGCUUGAGCCAGUCAGCUGAAAUGAGCACGAGAUUCUCGGGGAUCGAAUUGGGACCUCCCAUCGAGGUUUUCGCAUUAACAAAAGCUUUCAACGAUGAUACUUAUGAGAAAAAAGUUAAUUUGGCUGUAGGAGCUUACCGUACAUCUGAAGGUAAACCAUGGGUAUUACCAGUCGUAAAAAAAGUGGAAAAACAGCUGGCAGCUGACGAAUUACAAAAUCAUGAAUAUCUUCCAAUAUUGGGCUUGGAUUCCUUCUGCCAAGCUGCUACAAAAAUGUUGUUAGGUCCUAAUUCUUCUGCCAUUGCUCAAGGACGUGCUUUCGGUAUUCAAACUCUUUCUGGUACCGGAGCAUUAAGAGUUGCUGCUGAAUGUUUAAGCCGUAUCCUACAUUAUGACACAUUUUAUUAUAGCAAACCUACCUGGGAAAAUCAUAAACUUGUUUUCUUGAACGGUGGGUUUAAGAACGCUUGCGAAUAUACAUAUUGGGAUUUCAAAAAUCGCAGAAUCGACUUAGAUGGAAUGCUUAGAGAUUUAAAAAAUGCUCCAGAAAAUUCAGUCAUUAUUUUGCAUGCUUGUGCGCACAAUCCUACUGGUUGUGAUCCUACACCGGAACAAUGGAAACAAAUAGCUGAUGUUAUAGAAGCAAGUCGAUUAUUCACAAUAUUCGACAGUGCAUAUCAAGGAUUUGCAAGCGGUGAUUUAGAUAAAGAUGCAUUCGCCGUACGCAUGUUUGCUGAACGCGGGAUAGAAUUUAUUUGCACUCAAAGUUUUGCCAAAAAUUUUGGUAUUUAUAAUGAGAGAGCCGGUAAUAUGGUUGUGGUAAUGUCGGAUGCGAAAGAAGUCGUUCAAUUAAAAUCUCAAGUGACGUUAAUUAUACGAGGAAUGUAUAGUAAUCCGCCCAAUCAUGGAGCACGCAUAGUAUCAACUGUGCUUAAUAAUCCUGAUCUUUGCAAAGAAUGGAAAGGACAUAUCCAAACUAUGUCAGGAAGGAUAAGAGAAAUGCGAGAAGGAUUAUAUCAAAGAUUACUUAAGUUAGGAACGCCAGGCACGUGGGAACAUAUAACAACACAAAUAGGAAUGUUUUCGUACACAGGCCUCAGUGAAAGACAAGUGAAGCAUUUAUUGGAUCACUUUCAUAUCUAUCUACUACGCAGUGGACGCAUAAAUAUUUGUGGACUGACCGAACAUAAUUUGGAUUAUGUAGCAAAAGCUAUUCAUGAAGCAGUAACAUUAUUCCCUCAAGGAGAAAAUGUUUGCAGCUGUUGAUGAUACAUUUUUUCAGACUUGACAUCAUAAUAUAAUAAAUACAAAAAUCAUCUAUUAGUCACUGACAGUGUGGCAACUAUGUUGAAAUAUUAUAAUAUGUUAUACUUUAUGAAGUCAUAGUAGUUAUACUUUAUGAAGUAGUAAUUUCAGUGAUAGGUUUGCAUUAUUUACUGCUACUGUUCAGUUUACAAAUUUUUAAAAUAAGAUCUUAUGUUCUCAUCACACUUCAAAAGCAUAAAAUUUACAUGCAUCGUUAUUUUAUGUUGGAAAGUACAAAAAGUAUUGUCAAUAACAAAGUAUACACCCAUCGGUGCAAAUAGGUUUGAUAUGCUCAUAUAUAAAAUAGUAUUUGUAAAAUUAAUAAUAUAAUUAGCAGAUGAAAACAAGGAACAAAUUGCUCUGUGUGGCAAAAAAGGCUGAUGUAUGAACAUAAGGUCAAUAUUUAAUGAAAUGUAAUAAUUAUAAUAGCGAAAAUUAUGGUGGUGGUCCAACUAAAGAACAGUACAAAGUUAAUGCAUAAUUAAAUAUUGAACUUUCAUAUUAACCCUUUCGCUCCGACGGGCGUAUAUAUAUGCUAUCGAAAAGUGGGUGAUCAGAUACAAAAAAACGCGCUCCGUACAUAGCAAUCAUAUCUUGUCACAAGUGCGCUAUAGCGAAAGGGUUAAUGAUGUUCAAGUUUUAUUAUAGCAUCACUUUAAUACAAAACUAAAGAUUUAAAAAAAAGAAAAAGUAAUUUUCUUGAUCAAAUUAGUUUUUCAUACGCAUAUUAUAGUACAUGAAACAAAAAACGUAAAUCGUGCCAAAAUUCUGUUUCCUGGUACUGAAAAUGUGCAUUAGAUGUGUUCUAAGAAAAAAAAAAAAGAAUUCAAGAAAAUAACAAAUCUUGUCAUAUAUAUAUAUAUAUAUAUAUAAAA